AUGGAAAAUAGGCUAAACCAAAGAAGAGUGUCAUUUUCUAGUCCACAGACAAAUAAACAAACAAGAGAUGAUGAAUUUGUAACUGCAGUAGCAGCUGCUGCAUUUUCCAUUUAUUCAUUAGAAGAAGCAGGGUUACUUGAUAUGAAGAAAAUAAGAAAUAGUCCAAAGUUUUCAAAGAACCAAUCUAUGAGAGGAAAAGAGGAGAAUAUACCAAGGCAACCAAGUUAUGGUGAAAUUUCAAUGAAAAUGCCAUUUAGACAAGAAUCAAGGACAAGAGAAGGUGCUUUACCUCUUAGAAGUUCUAAUGGUAUAUCCCCAAUUGGAGGGUAUCAAAAGCAAAAAGGGAUUAUAAUACAUAACAAAAAUGAUAAGGCAGAAGCUUGGGAAAAGGCUAAGCUACAAAGGAUUCAAAAGAGGUAUGAGAAGAUGAAGCUCCAAAUGCUUUCUUGGGAAGGUGAGAAAAGAAUCCAAGCCAAAAUCCAAAUGGAAAGGAAAAAGAAUGCAUUGGAUUACAAAAGAGAAAAUGUUAUAGAACAUUACAAGAGAAAGAUAGCAAGGUUAGAUAUGAUUGGACAAAGAGCAAUUAAAGAGUUGGAAGAUCAAAGAAGAAAAGAAGAGUUGAAAGUCAAAGAAAAAACUAACAAAAUUAGAAAAACAGGCAGGAUGCCUGUCACAUGUUUCUGUUUCAAGUCUUUAUAG